GGGAGGAGAAAAUUCCUGUUCCAAGAGAAAAUAAGGCAAGAUCAAUGAAGGAGAGAAGAGCCAACCAGAAAUUAUCCAGUAAAUCUAUCAUGGAUUCUAAUCAGAACGUGAAAUGCAAGAUAGUAGUGGUGGGAGACAGUCAGUGUGGGAAAACCGCGCUGCUGCAUGUGUUCGCCAAGGACUGCUUCCCCGAGAAUUACGUCCCUACAGUGUUCGAGAAUUACACGGCCAGUUUUGAAAUCGACACACAAAGAAUAGAGUUGAGCCUGUGGGACACUUCGGGCUCUCCUUACUAUGACAAUGUCCGGCCCCUUUCUUACCCGGAUUCUGAUGCUGUGCUGAUUUGCUUUGACAUUAGUAGACCAGAGACUCUGGACAGUGUCCUAAAAAAGUGGAAAGGUGAAAUCCAGGAGUUUUGUCCCAACACCAAAAUGUUGUUGGUUGGCUGCAAGUCUGACCUGCGGACAGACGUUAGUACGUUAGUAGAGCUCUCAAAUCACAGGCAGACGCCAGUGUCAUAUGACCAGGGGGCAAAUAUGGCCAAACAGAUUGGAGCAGCUACUUACAUUGAAUGCUCAUCUUUGCAGUCUGAAAAUAGUGUCAGAGACAUUUUUCACGUUGCCACCUUGGCGUGUGUAAACAAGACAAAUAAGAAUGUUAAGCGGAACAAAUCACAGAGGGCCACAAAGCGGAUUUCACACAUGCCUAGCAGACCAGAACUCUCGACAGUUGCUACGGACUUACGAAAGGACAAAGCCAAGAGCUGCACUGUGAUGUGAAUCUUCCAUUAUCUUUAAUGAGGACAAGAGAAUCUAGUGUAAAAAAGAAAAAAACAAAACAAAACACCAACAAAACAAAAAGGUGAAGUCUGAAUGAAGUGCACCACCGAAGUCCCGUAUACUGGAGGCUUAGGAGGCGUUUGAAAGGAUGCCCAUCUUUUUGGAAUCCUGUCCUUAGCUUCAGCAUGUAGACCAAGUGGUGGGAAGUGAAUACAUUGAAGAGUUUUGAAAUGUGACUUGAAAAAUAUGCCAAAAAAAAACGAGAGAUUGAAAUGGGCUAGAGAUAGAUGAGGAGGAAAGCGAGUACCUCCAAGAAGAAAAAUAACACUCUGAAUGGUGCUUGCAUUUUUCUUUGUUACAGUCUAUUCAUGGAUCUCUACUUUGAUUUAAUUUUUAAAUGUUUUAAUCUCCUUUACAAAAAGCAUAUAUUAAUAUACCAUCCUCAUUGGGGAACUGCCACUGUGACCUUAGCGUUUAGUUUUCUAGAGGAUGUGAUCUAAUUUCCUCCUAGCUCAUCAUUAAAAUGGAAAUUGUAUCAGGACCCAUGGGGUAUCUGAAGAAAAACUUUAUGAGGCUUUGAAAUCUUGCCUUCCUGAAGAUAGCUGAGUGAGAUGGUUCUAAAGAAAGGCUUUUGCAGCCUUGCAAGAUAUGCAGACCAGCACUACAAAAAUCGAAUAGAUCUAAUAGAAAAAAAAAGUGUCAAUUUUUAUUCAGUCUGAUGGUUCUGUUCAUCAUUGUGAUUGUCAUUAAAAAGUGGUAAAUUGCUCAAUGUAAUAUUUUUGUGCUCUGUUUAGAAAAGAGGGUGUGUGAUUUUUUUUUUGCCAUCGUUGAUAAAAAUGCAAAGUCAAAUGAAAGGUGUCUUGGUUUGAUGUCAUAGAAUGAUCCAAGGUGGGGAAAAAAAAAUGUAGGUACUAUUUUCACCAGAAGAGAUAAUGAAUGAAGGAAUAGUAGCAGAAAGCACAGUUUCUGAGUAAAGCUGUCUAGAUUUAAGUCACCAAAAUGCAAAGCAAAAGGCCUAUUAUACAUUUUACUUGAGAUGAAGCUCCAAAAUUGGCAGCAUCUGAUCACAUAUUGGUUUAUUUCACUUUCUUUAAAUGAACAUCCAUAAGAGAAAGACCUGCUUACACAAGUCUUAGGGGACCCCUAGGGGGAAAUUAUAUAUUGUCAGCCCUGACACAAUACCAGGACAUUUCUAGAGAGUGAUUGUUAGACCUCACCUAACCAGAGUCAGCCAAGGCCUGUGUUCAAUACUUGACUGCUGUUGUUACACAAAAUAAUCACCAUUUAAAAUAGUUUACAGAUAUUUUUUUUUACCAGUUCUUUCUAGAGUUUCUUUCAGAGAAGAAACCAGAUCUGACCUGUUUGUUGGCGCUUGUUGAAAACGAGCUUUCUUUCCAAUGAUAAUGCUUCAUUUUUGAAGUGUUAAAGCUGUGCUCCCAUUAAAUUGUGGCAGGAGAGGAGAUUAAGGUAAUUACAACACUCAGUUGUAUGUGUUACAAGCACUUUGUUGUCUCUGCAAGAAAAUACCAUUCCAGUCAUUUCCCAUGAAAUACAGACAUUUUACCAACAUAAUAUGCUUUGACUGAUGCAGCAUUAUGCUUUGGGCAGUAUUACAAAAUAGCUGGCAAGUGCUUUCUGUAUUUAAAUAUUGUAAAAAGAAAAUAAGUUAUAACUGUUAUCAAACAACUUUGGUUGCAUUUUUUUUUUUUUUAAUGUUGAGGUCACUUUGUAUGUUUGUUUGGUCAAUAUUUCUGCAGUAUUUAUUAAAACAUACUUUUCUUCAAAUAAAAAAGUAACCAUGUCUUUGUCUA